AGAUCACAAAAUAAUAUUAAUCACGACAAAAAGAGUUACUCGAAUUGGUACAGUCGUUUCGACGUAACGCGCUUAUAAACGAUUGAACAGUUAUUUUUUUUUAUAAAUUACAUCGAUAAAUAUCUAAGGUGAACAGGUUGGUCAUACGUAAGCAAGCUUCAUUGUCGGCCACAUCAUUGCUUACCAUCAGGCAAUGACGGAAAAAAGUCAUCCUAUUGAAUAAAUUUUAUUAAAAUAGGUGAUAUAGGUAUCACUAGAACCUCUUUCUGUUAGUGACAGAGUAAAUGAAACAAAUCAAGCAAAACCCAAUAAAAUCAUAAAACCCACAUGUCAUUUAUUGUGGGAAUUGUAUGUUCAUAUUUUUAAGAAGUAAUAUUUUUGUUUUUAGUUUCGUGUAACAUUUAUACAUACUAUAAUAAUGAAAAAAUCCAAUUUGACUUCCCAAGAACUAUUUAAAAAGGCACGGGCUAACAAUAGGGUCCUAAAAUUGCCCGAAUUAGAAACUUCUGCAAGGUUUUGCGAGAAUACAAUACAACCAGUAACUGUAAGUCAUGACUUUAAAAAGAAAAUAAUCAAAACCUGUGAGAAAGAGCUAAAGGAAGAAGAAUAUCGGAACCCAUAUACUUUACCGGACCGGUUAAGGGUCACCACCACAGGUGUAAAACGUCCCAAGAGAACACGUGAUCCUCCUACCACGGAUGAAAUCUUAACGGUUUGUGACAUUGAUCCUGAGUUCUUUACAAUCGCAGAAGGAAGGCCUGUCAGGUCCUUCUAUGAUAUUAAAACCUUCAUGAGAGAUUUAAGGGACGCAACAUUACUUCGUGCCAACGCAGCCUAUGUAAAAGACAAAAUACUUCAAAUUGAUAUGUUUUCUGCCGCUGAACAAGAAGAAUUUAGUAAAGUAAAUCGUGAUUUCAAUAAAAUCAGACAAAAUUUUUUCGUAUUUUCUGAGGAGAGUUUUAUAGAAGCAAAAUACGUAAUGAAAUUAGCCAAAGAGACUGCUUUGAAACUUGCUAAAGUAACCGAUGAACUGGAAGAUUACAGCUUCAAAUUCGUUAAGAUCAAGAAUAAACUGUUAAACAUUGUCGCGGAAUAUGAUCAGUUGUCACAAUACAAGAAAUUCUUAACUGAUAUUUCACCGAAAUGGUGGCGCAAACGCUUUGGUACUCAUUGCUCGAAGGCUGACAUACUAUGUUCCCAAUUAAUUGCUCAGUUGCAAUCGGAAUCCCCUGAGACCAUGACAUUGUAUAGACAAAGUGCACUGUCACUGGCACGACUACCACCUCAGCUGUACUACAAAACACCUUCACAGGUGAUAAAUUUUCUAGAAAACAUAAGUAGACAAUGUUUACACUAUUUGGAGGUAUGUGGAUUGUUCUCCGGAUCAUUUAUUAAAUUACACAUGCAAAAGAGACUCCUCGAAGAUUCGAUACAGGACCACGGUACACAUAUGCAGUACGUUAUUGAUUUAUAUCUGAAGAAAGUAAAGACUUUGGAAGUCACCAGUGAGCUGUUUAAGGAGAGGUUCCAUGAAAUACUGCAGAAAGUUUUUUACGAGUUAGUCGCAUCUUACGAGUCCUCCAAGUUGUUCAUGUGUUUGCAAUUGGUUCAUUCUGGACUGUAUGGAGACAAACCAGAUUGUAGAGAUUCGCUGACUAACCUGAUGAUUAAUAUAGAGACGUACUACGAUGAACUUUCGAAGGAUCUAAAUUGUCUCGAUCAAGUAGUAGUUAAAAAGGCUACUCGGCAGAUCUUUAAUCAAGAUAAAAGAGCGAUGGCUGAAGCUCACCUUGCAAAGAAACAAUUGAAAGAAUAUUAUGCUUUACGCAAAGCGUUAAACAAAAGCUAUGACCCUCCAUAUACAAUGAAAAAUAGAUGGUAUAACUAAGAAGAUGAACAAGAAAAAUAAAUUUAUGAUUUUAUUUAUUUACUCUUAUAUAAGAACACAAAUUAUAUAGGAGCAUAUGUUAUUUAGUAUCUACAUUUCAUUAGGUAAUUAAAAAUAAUAUGUCUACGCGACUGAUAUGUGGCUACUUCUCAUUUGUAAUCAUGA